UCUGUUGACUCCUAGUUUAAAUCUUUUACCAUAAUUUCGCUUCCGAGCUUCCAUACAAACCGUAGCUAUUUCGUUGGAGCUGCACUAACAAAACACUAUGCAACUUUUGCGCUUGCAUAAUGAGGUAAGCAUAUUGCGUAAAAUCCAAAGUCGGAACGGGAUUUCACUGCACUAAAUCCCGUAUUAUGAUUGGAUCGCUAUAUCUGUUCCCUUUCAACUUAAAUAUAGAACAUGGGAAUACCUGGUGAACAUGCGCAGUGGUUGGAAUUGAAUUUCCCGUCACGUAGCUAGUUCGUGAAGAAGAAAUGGUGAACAUUCGGUAAAUAUUAGUUUUUGAAGUAGUAGUGUGUUUAGGAUUGCUUCUUGGACUUAAGAUGACAUGCUAACUUUGAAAAUUCAUAAAUAAAAAGCUGAUUUAUGUACAAGAAAGAGAUAUUUUGGUAUGAAUAAAAUGAAUACUCUACUUUCGUUUCAUUGUUGACAUGUCGAGAGUCUUUAUUCAGAAUUUAGGGUCAUGUUUACUUAACCCAAGCGGUUGAACAAGGUCUUGUCGGACAUUUUGUCAGCCAUUUGUAAAUCACUCAGCUCACGCUCGUAUUGCUGCAUGCUGUGUUCAGAAUUGUGCAUUGUGAAUAUUGUGUAUUUCUUUGUUUAGCCUGCGCCUAGUUGUAAUAAAUAUGGAUGCACAUUUGGUAAAUUUGGUGCACAUUUGCAGGGUUUGUGGAUUAAAGUGUAAUAAAAAAUCAUAUCCGUUGAAACCAUACGAGGUUGAAGUCUUGGAACUUUUCAGGAUUGUUAUUUCAAAUGAUUUGAAGGUUGUUCAUCUGCUUGAAACUGUCCUAUUUGUGUAAAACCUCCCACAAUUAUCACUUUACCAUCUUCUAGAAGUGAUGUUAUUUUUAUCAGGGAUUCUCAAAACCAGUACAUCAUGAACUGGCAGGCGUGACAUUGGGGUACAUUCCUGAUAUGUCACUGUGAUAUGACAGCCCAAGGUUUUCAAUAUUGGGUGGUGACUGAAAUAUGAUCCUGUCCAAAGUGAUGUUGUUUUUAUCAGGGAUUCUCAAAACCAGUACAUCAUGAACUGGCAGGCGUGACCUUGGGGUACAUUCCUGAUAUGUCACUCCUCCAAUUAUGUAUAUACAUUUCAUUUUUUGAUCAUAUGUAGCAGUAUAAAAUGCUCUGCUAUGGACAUCUGGAACAUUAAUUAUGGACCAGCUCAAUGAGUCUAAAUUAAGUAAAUAGAAUUUUCCAUCAUCACAUGUUUCUUGAAAUGGGGAUGCAAGUCCUGCUGCUUCACGAAAGGGCAGUGUAAUUCCCCCAUGUAAUAUUGCUGACUGAUCAUGUAAUUUUGUAAGAGAAUGCCCGAAUCUGCCGAGUGGAACAUCCGCAGUUUGUUUGAUUUUAGUUACAUUCCUCUCAUCUUUACUGUCUUGUGCAAGGAUAACCUCAAACUUUGCACCUUUCCGUUUGAGAAGAUAUAAGUCAUGCAAAACUCUCAUAGAUGAUGUAUCCAUUCCUCCCCUACAUGUAUUGCAUCAUUGGAUCCAACAAUUACAGACAAAUGUGUCGCAUCUUUUAAUAUCACUAAUAACAUCAUUUUCAGAGAUAACAUAUGAAAUAAUAAAUGGGCUUGAUCCCAGACACCAUGUAGACUCCUGUAUGUCUUGAUCCCCCAAAAUAUAAAUAUGACUUGAUCAACUCAUCAUCUAAUUGCUCUCCACAAAUCAAAAUGGCACAGUGUCCUUCAGGUGGAAAAUAAUCCCCGCAUAUUAUGUCAAUAUCUGACCGUUUUCUUGUUGCUUUAACUUUCUUUUCAUUUAUAGAUUUAAAAGGUAAAAUCUUAAAAUUCCAGUGCAGAGUUUUGCAAUGCAAUGUACAGCUCAGCUCAGCACUGUGACUGAAGUUUUACAAAUCAUUCUAUACCCAUUUAUAUCUAUUUGACAAAGUUCCAAAAUAAACAAAAGUUUUAUUUAACCUAUUUUAUUUACCAAAGCGCCAAAGCAAUCAAUCAACAGUAACAUUGCAUUAACUAUUUUCAACCCGGCUCAGGCGGUCAGCUGAUUGCAUACUGUGUUUUCGUUAUUGUGUUUGUAAACAAAUGCGUCAUUUGGGUCAUGCGCGCAGGGGUAGAAAUCAAUACUUCCGAGAGUUGCCUAGACUGUACUGAGCGGUUUUGUUAGUGCUAGGCUGUUACUGUUUUUCAACUCUGAAAUAACGAAAGUAAACAACAUGUUUGGGAGAUAAGUUCUAUGAGGAGUUUAGUACGUUAAAAUGGUCUGAUUAUGACGGCAUAGAGGGAGUGCGGGCCCUGCGUGCUAGCGCUGACUCCACCACUGUUGCUAUCGUUUGUGCAUCAGUCGAACCUCAAAUCAGAUGACCAUGUCGCUAAGCAGCAACGACAAUGAAUCUGACUUGAAAGAAAUGAAGAAUUGGUCUUCGUUCUAUCUUGAUGAAGACAUUAGACGGAUCAGUAACAAACGCCUGAAAGAGCGACUAGAAAAAUUGAUAAAAGACAUUGAUGUUGGAUUUGACACCACUGAGGAAAAUGUUUGCAUUCACAAUUUUGUUUCCUAUCUUUAUUGGAGCAGCGACGAGAAAGAAGAAGCAUUUGAAUUUGCCAAAAAAGCUCUUCAACUGGGAAAAACAUGCCCAUACACAUCGCUAGGAGGGACAGAAAAUUUGGUGACAAUAGGAAAUCUUUGUAACUUUUAUAAAGAAAGUGGUGAUAUAGUGCUGGUUAAGGCUUUCGUUAAACAAUUUAAAACUUUGUCGAAAAGAGAAGAUUUUCAAGAACUCAAAUAUAUUGCCAAGGCGGAACUAGCCAUUUGUUUAUCAAAACUUGGUUCUUUUUACUCACGAAAAGCUAUUAAGAUGUUUCGUGAUUCUGUUGACAAAAUGAGUAAUACAUUGAAUUGCUGGCAAUUUUACUUUGCCAUAACUCUUAGAAGAAAAUCUCAUCUAUAUACCAUUCAAAAUAUAGACGACGCAGCAUUGAUAGGGAACACCAAGGAAGCGUUCGAAAAAUUUUUAAAAAUUAUUUCCAACAAUUCCUUAGUAAAACUUAAAUCAAGGUCAUGGUGCCAAAUCGGAAUACUAUUGCACGGGACACCAGAUCUUGCAAGGACUGACCCGCACCUUAACACCUAUAGGGAUUUGAAUUACAUUACAUGCUUUAAGAAUGCUUUGAAAAUCUAUCCUCAAUCGUACCAUGUCCUUCAACAGUAUGGUAAACACUUGAGGUAUAAAUUCAUGUUUCGGGAAUCAAAGGAAAUGUUGGAAAAAUCAUUGGAAAUUCGUGAAACAUCAACUGCUUAUCACCACCUUGCUCUCACUCUUCAGAAAAUGGUCCUGCAAGAACAUUAUGAAAAGAAAAAGGCCAAGUUACGUAGAAAUAGUGAGCCAACAAAGGUAAGUAGCGCCAAAAACACUACUGAUGAUACAGAAUGCAAUCGGAAAAGACACAGAGAGAGUAUGCUAAAGAGAAAAUUGAAAUCACCCAGAUGGGUUCCACAAUAUCCCGAACAUCACCUGCUGUGGGAAGCCGAACAACAUCUGCAAAAAGCUAUAAAACUAGACGUAACCUUCCAUACUGCAAGACAUGAUUUAGGUCUGGUCCAGAGAAUGCUUGGAAAAAGUGAGACGGCACUUAAGAAUUUUCGAGAUAUAACACACGCUAAAACACCAUCAAGGGAUCACUUUCCCUUACUCAUUGCUUACGAGCAACAAGCAUUCUGUAGAUUUGACAUUGAUAGAAAGAAUGGGGAUGAAAAAGAAUCAGAAAAUGCUGAAGACGCUUUAUGGAACGCUUUGAGUAUUAUAUCUAUUUAUAUUGAUAUAUAUCCUGAGCUGAAAAAUGUAUGUAGCACCAUUGAAGAACUUCGAAACAUCGUAGAAAGAGAUACGGCCCAUCCAGAGAAGGAAGCCAAAUUUCACGAAAAGUUGAAGGAUCGCGAAAAAGCACUAAAGUCUUACUCGAAAUGUCCAGAAUCAGAAGAAAAAUACAUGAAAAUGGUUGAGAAUUAUCUUGCUGAUAGAAAUUUCAGAAAGGCUAUCGGCCUAUUAGAUCAACUGAUAGUAAACAAAAACCCAUUUUGUCCUUCUGGAGAAUUCUUGUUUCAAACAUACAUGGAGGGAGCGAAAUAUUCCUUAACAAACAGAAACUUCGAAGAUGUAAAGAUCAGACUCAUGCAAACCCUCAGAUACAUUCCAGCGUGGGAGAAAUAUUAUGAAAAUGACAUUGAUGUAGAUUUUCACAUAAUUCAUGAGUGUGGGGAAAGGUGUCCACGUGCAGAGAAGCUGCUAGAGAUACUGGCUCGCAGCAAAUUCAUAAAGUGGAAUGUUACAUUGAAUGCGGUUGACUGCCUACCCGGAAAGCGUGAAGAAAAAUAUUAUGAGGACACAUUGGAGACGGCAAAAUUCAUUCUUCUUUUUCUUCAUGACAAACCAUCGGAAUGUCAUGACGAACAUCUAAAAAUAGCGCAACAAAAUGCCAUCGUAUUUUUGAAAGAAAAGACGUUGCGCGUGAUUCUCGGUAACGCAGGUCAGCCCUCCAACCUAUCCACAAUUAAUCUCCCACCUAAUACUGACACCGUAGAAGAUGGUGAUGAAGACUCGGAUAUGGUAGUUCUGGAAGCUCGUAUCAUCUGUGACAUCUUACAGCAAAUAUUCCAACGACAGACAAAGGGCACCUGUUGCAAGAAGAUGAGCCGACAUGAACCGUGAAAACAUGCCGCCAGCAUUGGGUUGACGCUCAAUCAUCAGUGGUUUGAAUAGCAUGUUUCAGAUUUCCAUGGUUGCAUAUCUUUAAACGUACUAUUACAAAUAUUGUAUUAUACAACUGGCACAUGGUACCUAACCUUGAUGAAUAUACCCAAAAUCACCGAAGAGUACGUAGUUUGAUUGUGAGCACGUUCAAAACGAAGGGAAAAUACACAUCCUACGAUCGUUGUACAAUGUUCCGGAAAUGCAUUAUUCAUAUAUUAUAUUUCACAUGUGUAUUCAUUUUGACAAUACCUAUCAUUCGUAUGAAAAGUUUUAACCCCCAGAGCUUGAUCUUUGAAUAUGACCUACUUUGAACAGUUAGUGUCAAGCUUUCAUAUUGCAAAUGUGUAUUCCUUGUGGCAAGACCUUUCAUUCCUAUUAAUUUAUUUCAUGACCUUGGCCUUUGAAUUUGGCCAUAUUGGGGCAUAAGUGUUUCACAAACACAUUUAGUUUUUUGUUGUUUUUAUUUUACCAAUUCGUGUAUAUCCCCGUGACCAUCAAAUGAAAUAUUUGUUGAUAUUUCUGUUCAAUGUCAAAUAACGUGGUUAUGUAAGCCCCGUACGAUGCCUCAUUCAAACAUAUUUUAAAGCAUGUUAUCUAAAGAAAAUUCAGCAUAUGGAAGCACGCAGUGGUUACGAAAAAGCAGCUAGUAAACCAUCUUCGCUAGUAGUAUUGUCAUAGUUAACCGAAAAGCCGGUUAACCGCUAUAGAAAUACAUUCCGUUUGGUUUGUAUUUUCCGGAUUUCAAUAGGGUUUUGUUUACCUUUUAUAACUUCCCAUUUUGUUCAAGCUCCGGUCAGUUCAGUAUAUUCCGUUACGCUACAACUCCAAUAUCAUUAUUCAUAGGGGAAAUAUUCCUGGAGAAGUGACCUGUACGGAGUUUGCAUUUUGUUAUCCAUAUGCACAAUGAUUGGUUCGAUAUUUUAUCAAUGUUAUUCUAACCAAUGACAUUUCGUGUAACAUCGGUAAUAGUAAAACAAAACACAGCGACGCACUGUCCACUGUCUGGAAUAACAAACAAUUCGUAUUAACGAACCUGGAGAUUUAAUCUUGUAUCUUUCUUCAACUUCAUAUGAUAUACUGUUAUAAAACAAAACAAUAAUAAUUUUCAUAAACAAGGAUUGAUCCUAACAACACGUGUGACCAUGUAUAUUAUUAAUUCAAACUAGACAAGUACAGUACUCAGAUAAAAAUUACAAUAAAUAUAAAGAGCAUGAAAGGCGAAGAUAACGAACAGUGAUCAAUCUCAUAACUCCUAUAAGCAAUUUAAUACAAAAUAGAGAAUUUGGCAAACACGAACCCCUGGAUAUACCAGAGGUGAGAUCAAGUGCCUAGGAGGAGUAAACAUCCAUUGUCGACCGGUCACACCCCACUGUGAACCCUAUAUCUUGAUCAGGUAAACGGAGUUAUCCAUAGUCAAAAACGGUCUAGCUACCAAUAGAUAUGAAGCAAUUCAGACAAAAUCUGACCCGAUGAUAGGUUUUAUUGGCAAAUUAGAUUGUUAUAACGACCACAGAAUUAGUUGUGAAAUGCUGACUUUAAACGAGACUGUUGAUAACGAACAGUAAUAAAUCUCAUAACUCCUAUAAGCAAUACAAAAUAGAGAGUUUGGCAAACUCGGGCCCCUGGAUAUACCAGAGGACUAUGGAUUAUCCACUUGUGUCUAGAGCAGGAUAUACAAUAUCACACAUACAGUACAUGAUAUAAUACACUCAUUUGCAUAUAUAAAGGACCUCCCCACUUUAGCUGUGACAUACAUUGUACGGCCCCCAAUAAUUUAGUAAAACAUCAAAGUUUGAAUUCUACAAUUUACAAUGCCCCAAGAUGUUCAUUAAUAUCUAAACUUAGAGGUUCGGCAUUUUGAAAUCGCGUUUGUUUUUGUUAAAUUUUUAUUGAUAUUCAUCGAAUGACCGGUUUUUAAAGCCUUGGUUUAUAUCGAGCACAAGGUUGUCCAGAUUUCUCUUUUCUAUUACAAGUUGUUUUCCUAAUAAAGAAAAUAAUAUCCAAAAAGCAAGACUGACGAUCUUGUGCUGGGGAUGAAAAUUCAUAAGAAUGAAUACAAUAGAAAUCUAGAGAAAUCAUACAUUUUCUUUCUACCUCAUUUACCUGUUUUGACCUCUGGUAGUAAUUCUGUAGUUUGCAGAUUGAGGGUGACCAUUAAAAACUUAGUUUUCUGCUAUCAUAUUCCAAUAUCCCAUGGGAAAAGGACUGUACACUUACUGGAGAUAAAUCAGUGUUUUGAUGUUUACCAAGAAGUAUAAAAGAUAAAUCAAGUUUUCUUUGAAAAGAGGAAUGUUAAAGAGGGACCCUAAGCUACAGCUAAAGUGGGGAGGUCCUUUGUCAAAAAGGUACAUUCCACAUUUAUAUUCAAUGACAUUAGGCAGUUACUAUUCUCCAAGUACAAAUUCACUAAGGUUGCUAAAUAACAUCUUCACAGUCCAUCAACCUUUAAAAA